CGGCAGCCGCUCACCCCACGCUCCCCGCCCGGCCCCACGGCUCCGGCCCCACCGACGCCGGGGCAGGAAACACGUCGGGGCGCAGCGCCGGGACGAACCGCGGGACCCAGAGCGCGAUGGGGCGGCGGGACGAGUAACGAUGGGGCCGCCCCACGGCCACGCUCUGGCCGCCAUCCGCGCCGAGGUGCGGCGGCACGAGGAGGCCAAGCGCGGCAUCAACGCGCUGCUGCGGCUCGGGGACGCGGUGCCGGAUCCGAAGCUCCGGGGCCGCAUCGGAACCGCCGUGAGGGCGCUGCAGGGUGAGACCGGAACCGGGACCGGGACCGGGGGGGAUGGACGGAAACAGGGACAGCGCCGGGUCCGAACAGCAGCGGGGGGGGCGAUGGGGGGGUAUUACCCCCCAUAUACCCCCCAUUAUUACCCCCCACAAGGUCAUCCCAAAUUAACCCCCAAUUUUACCCAAUACCCCCCAACCCGACCCCCGCGGCCCUUGCCGUCCACCCCCAACGUGAGUCACCGGGAGCUGCGCUGUGACCCCCCCGCCCCGCUGGGCACCCCCGGCUCCCUGCACCGCGGGGCCAAGCGCCGCACGAGCCUGUUCGCGACGCGACGCGGCAGCGACUCGGAGAAGCGCAGCCUGGAGCCGGCGGGCGGCGGGCGGGGCGUCCCCAUCAAACAGAGCUUCCUGCUGAAGCGCAGCGGCAAUUCCCUCAACAAGGAGUGGAAGAAGAAAUACGUCACCCUGUCCAGCAACGGGCUGCUCUUCUACCACCCCUCCAUCAACGGGUGCCCCCCCCCCCCCCCCUCCCGGGAUUACAUCCACAGCACACACGGCAAGGAGAUGGACCUGCUCCGCACCACGGUCAAGGUGCCCGGGAAGCGGCCGCCCCGCGCCAUCUCUGCGUGCGGCCCGUCGGGCAGCGUCAACGGGCUGAAGGACGCGGGCGCCGACGGCGGCGGUGAGGGCGGGGGGCGGGAGCUGCUGCCCGGUGCCGCCCCGGGACCCGCCGCCCUCACCGGCCCCUCCCCGCCCGCAGCCGCGGCGCCGCCCGUCGGGCUCAGCGUCCCCCCGGAUCCGGGCCCCAAAGGGGCGGGGAAGGGCGAGCGGCCCCUGCAGCGCUGCGCGUCCGCGUCCAACGGACCCUCCGGCCCCGAGACCGUGUCCAGCCCCGGCAGUUCGGGCCGCGAUCCGCCGCCGUCGCCGCUGAUGGACCGUAAGAAGCACCGUCGGAAGAAGCUCUCCACGCCGUCCAAGACCGAGGGCUCGGCCGGGCAGGCGGAAGAGGAGGAAAACUUCGAGUUCCUGAUCGUGUCCAGCACGGGGCAGACGUGGCACUUCGAGGCCGGGAGCUUCGAGGAGCGCGACGCGUGGGUGCAGGCGAUCGAGAGCCAGAUCCUGGCCAGUCUGCAGGGCUGCGAGAGCGGCAAGAACAAGGCCCGCACGGACAGUCAGAGUGAGGCCGUGGCCCUUCAGGCCAUUCGCUCCGCCCGCGGUAACUCGUUGUGCGUGGACUGCGGGGCUCCCAACCCCACGUGGGCCAGCCUGAACCUGGGCGCGUUGAUCUGCAUCGAGUGCUCCGGGAUCCACCGCAAUCUGGGCACCCACGUGUCGCGCGUGCGCUCGCUCGACCUGGACGACUGGCCGCGGGAGCUGACCGUGGUGCUGAACGCGAUCGGCAACGCCACCGCCAACAGCAUCUGGGAGAACAACACGCGCGGCCGCUGCAAACCCACGCACGAAUCGUCCCGGGAGGAGCGCGAGGCGUGGAUCCGCGCUAAGUACGAGCAGCGGCUGUUCCUGGCUCCGCUGCCGGCGGCCGAGGCGGCGCUGGGGGAGCGGCUGCUGCGGGCGGUGCAGGACAAGGACCUGGAGGCGGUUCUGCUGCUGCUGGCGCACAGCAGGAGGGAGCAGCUCGCGGCCAGCGACACCGAGCGGCGCACGGCGCUGCACGUGGCCUGUGACAUGGCGCUGGUGGUCAUCACCCAGCUGCUGGUCUGGUACGGCGCGGACGUUCGUGCCCGUGACGCUCAGGGCCGCACCGCGCUGUUCUACGCUCGACGCUCCGGGAGCCGGGAGUGCGCCGAGAUCCUGCAGCAGCACGGCUGUCCCGGGGACGGACCCCCCACCCCCGGCGGCCCCGCGACCCCCCGCGGCCCCCCCACCCCCGGGCUGCGUCGCCGCAGCAGCGCCGCCAGCGUGGGGCCGUGCGUGGAGCCGCGCACCGCUCUGGUAUAACGGGGGGGGCUGCCCCGCGGUUUGUACUUUUGAAGCUCUAUUUAUUACCCGACCCCUCCCCCCCCCCCCCCCCCCCC